AUGGCAUGGAAUGAAUUGGGGAAAGGAAGAGAAGGGCAGGGGAAAAGGGAGAAGAGGGCAGGGGGAAAGGGAGAAGAGGGCAGGGGGAAAUGGAGAGGAGGGCAGGGGGAAAGGAGAGAAGGGCAGGGGGAAAGAGAGAGAAGGGCAGGGGAAAGGGAGAGGGGCGGGGGGAAAGGGAGUGAAGGGCAGGGGGAAAGUGAGAGAAGGGCAGGGGGAAAGGGAGAGAAGGGCAGGGGAAAAGGGGGAGGAGGGCAGGGGGAAGGGGAGAGGAUGGCAGGGAGAAAGGGAGAGGAGGGAAGGGGAAAGGGAGAGAAGGGCAGGGGAAAGGGAGAGCAAGGCAGGGGGAAAGGGAGAAAAGGGCAGGGGAAAGGGGAGAGGAUGGCAGGGAGAAAGGGAGAGAAGGGCGGGGGGAAAGGGAGAGGAUGGCAGGGGAAAUGGGAGAGGAGGGCAGGGGGAAAGGGAGAAGAGGGCAGGGAGAAAUGGAGAGGAGGCAGGGGGAAAGGGAGAGAAGGGCAGGGGGAAAGGGAGAGAAGGGCAGGGGGAAAGAGAGAGAAGGGCAGGGGGAAAGGGAGAAAAGGGCAGGGGGAAAGGGAGAGAAGGGCAGGGGAAAAGGGAGACUAGGGCAGGGGGAAGGGGAGAGGAUGGCAGGGAGAAAGGGAGAGGAGGGCAGGGGGAAAGGGAGAGAAGGGUAGAGGGAAAGGGAAAGCAGGGCAGGGGAAAAGGGAGAUAAGGGCAUGGGGAAGGGGAGAGGAUGGCA